CCCCGGGCUGAGGCGCCGCUGCUGUCGCUGUCAGCCCCGUUCCCGGUGCUCAUCCCCAUGGAGGCAGAGCCCCCGGGCCAGAAACACCCUGGGCGGAGACGGGGCAGGGCCAGCAUCUCGCCGCCGCCGGGCGGCACCCCCGGUGUGGCCGCCUCCUGCAGCCGGUACCCUCUGAGACGAGGCAGCUCCUUCACAUUCCUGACUCCAGGCCCACACUGGGAUUUUACCCUGAAGAGGAAGCGACGAGAGAAGGACGACGAUGUUGUCAGCUUGAACAGCCUCGACUUUAAGGAGCCAAGCACGAAACGGGUCCGGCCUUUAGCACGAGUCACCUCCCUGGCAAACCUGAUCUCCCCUGUCAGAAAUGGGGCAGUUCGGCGCUUUGGGCAGACAAUCCAGUCAUUCACCCUUCGCAGCGACAGCAAAUCCCCUGGCUGUGCCCAGAAAUCAUGCAGCAGAUCUGCUGCUCCUACUCCCCCCAAGAGAAGGAGCAGCGUCCUUUGGUCUGAAAUGUUGGAUAUCAACACGAAAGAAUCCCUGAGCACCAAAGAAAUCAAGCGCCAGGAGGCCAUCUAUGAAAUGUCCAGGGGGGAGCAGGACCUGAUUGAAGACCUGAAGCUGGCCAGGAAGGCCUACCAUGAUCCCAUGCUGAAACUGUCCAUCAUGUCUGAGGAGGAACUCACCCACAUUUUUGGGGACUUGGAUUCCUACAUUCCUCUGCACGAAGACUUACUGGCAAGUUUGGGAGAAGCAACAAAACCAGAUGGAACAGUGGAGCAGAUUGGGCCCAUCCUUGUGAAGUGGUUACCCCGACUCCACGCCUACAAAGGCUACUGCAGCAACCAGCUGGCAGCCAAGGCCCUGCUGGACCAGAAGAAGCAGGACAGGAGGGUGCAGGAUUUCCUGCAGCGCUGCCUGGAGUCUCCCUUCAGCCGCAAGCUGGACCUGUGGAGCUUCCUGGACAUCCCUCGGAGCCGCCUGGUCAAAUACCCCCUGCUGCUCAAGGAGAUCCUGAGGCACACUCCCAAAGAGCACCCCGACAUCCACAUCCUGGAGGAAGCUAUAUCCAUAAUCCAAGGAGUCCUCUCUGAUAUCAACCUGAAGAAGGGCGAGUCUGAGUGCCAGUAUUACAUUGACAAGCUGGAAUACCUGGAUGAGAAGCAGAAGGAUCCAAGGAUUGAAGGCAGCAAAGCUUUACUGUGCCACGGGGAGCUGAAGAAUAAAAAUGGACACAAACUCUACGUCUUCCUCUUCCAAGAGAUCCUGGUGCUGACGCGGCCGGUGACCCGCAACGAGCGGCAGGCGUUCCAGGUGUACCGCCAGCCCAUCCCCGUGCAGGAGCUGCUCCUGGAGGACCUGCAGGAUGGGGAUGUCAAGAUGGGAGGCUCCUUCCGAGGGGCUUUUGGCAAUUCUGAUAAAGCCAAAAACAUUUUCCGAGUGCGUUUCCAGGAUCCCAGCCCGGGCCAGUCGCACACGCUGCAGGCCAACGACGUGUUCCACAAGCAGCAGUGGGUGAACUGCAUCCGCACGGCCAUCGCCCCCUUCCAGAGGAACAUUCCUGCUCCAGAGCUGAAGGAGCUGCCUGAGCUGAGCGAGGAAUCAGAGGAGAACAACCCCUCCGUGCCCAACGUGCCAGCCCAGCAGCGCCAGUCGGGAAUUUCCCACAUGGAGCUGGACGAGAGCGCGGCCGAGUGCGGCUCCGUCCUGGACUCGGGGCUGAAAUCCCACAGAACCUCAUCCGGGCACAGAAAAUCCAGGGAGAAGCAGCUCAGUGGGAAGAGGAAAGAAACGCUGGUGUAAGGAAAAAACAAACAAACAAAAGGAGCCCUGGUGCCACUCUGGGGGAAAACUGUUAAUUUAUAAAUAAUUCCUUGUACAUUUUUGUACCGGGGGCGCCUUCGGGGCUCCACGGAUCAGAUCCUGGGUUUAUGUUGGAAUGGCAGCUACUGGUGUGCAGUCACUGUUGAACUGGGCUCUGUUUUUACACUCUGAAUCCACCAGGGGUUUCCAAAAUCUGAGCACCGAAUUUGGGUUACUGGGAGUUUCCCACAGCCGUGGUAGAGAACGGAAAGUGAAGUGGAGUUUUGGGCAGCAGCGGGGGUUUUGAUCAACACUGCAAAAGUCCUUUAAAGGACUCGGCACCUGAAGUCACUCUGGUGUGUGGUUAUGGUAAUUCCUGGAAAUUUGCAUGAUCCAAAAAGAGAAAUCCUAAAAAAAACCAGACCCCAAGUUCAACAGGUUCUCAAUUCACCUACUGGAAUCUUUGAUCUCUGUGUGUCCUUUGUACAUUCCUCUGUCUCACUCUUGUAUCCUGCCAACUAUUUAAUUUUUUUAUUAGUUUUGUUUCGAGUUUGGGGGUUGGGAUUUUGGGUGGGGGGUUUUUUUUUUGUUUUCUUUGAUUGGUUGUUUGGGUUAUUUUUUUUAUUUUUGUACUUUGUUUCUCAGACUUGGCAUUUCCUUUCCAGUACUUGAUCCUUCAUGCUCCAGGGGGUGAUGUCCCAACUGUCCCUCACAUCACCCCGGAGCAAUCCACUGGGAGGAGACACUACUGAAAGAGAACUGCUUUACUCCAGGGUGUAGGAAGGUUGUAGGCACGUUGUAAAAGGGUUUGGGGAGCAGUGAGUAGAGGGGGUAGCAGGGAGUGAAGGUAGAUUUUUGUUGCCUUUUGGAAAUGAAACACUUCCCAACGGGAAGCAGGACUUGGAGGCAACCAAGGGGUUCUUGCAUGUGGUAGAAAGGUAGAGGAGAGGAAGAGUUGGAGGUGUGAGGAGAGGAGGAGGAGUGGUUGUAAAUACUCAGGGUGGCAGCACUGCCAUCUUCUAGCACUCCAAAGAUCCAGAGGAAAUCCAGGGAAAGAUCCAGCUUGGGAACGGGGCAGCAAAGGGGGGACAGCUCUGAGCACAGCAAGGUGUCCCUGAAAUUCGGAAUUGGGAUCCUGAAAUCCAGGACUGGGGAGUGGAAUCCUGAAAUCCAGAACUAGGGAGCCAUAUCCUGAAAUUUAGGUUUGGGGAGUGGAAUCCUGCAGUCCCUGUGACCUGAAGUCCGGGAUUAGGGAGCCAUAUCCCAAAAUCCAGGCUUGGUGAGCAGUAACUCCCAUCCUGUCCCGUGUCCAGCUGGGAACUUUGGGAAUGGGCAGAGGGUGUGUACAUAGACCCAGCAUGUGGUUCUCUGUAAAUGUUGUACAGUUUCCAGUGCCAAGUUCCAUUAAAUUCCUGACACCUCU